AUGGCCUCCUCCUCCCAGCGCACCUACGACGACGCCCUCUCCCGUCUCGCCCAACUCCAAUCCAACCGCACAAUCGUCAACCUCUUCGGUACCGACGACAACAAAAAUGACUUCCAAAACAAGCCUGCCGCCGCCGCCAAAAAGUACCUCAACUCCCUCGCCAUCCCCGAAAUGCUCUCCUGGCUCGCCCGCGCCGGCUACACGCCCUCCUCCCUCGCCGCCACAGGGCUGAAGUGCGUGCACGUUGCGGGAACAAAGGGUAAAGGGUCCGCAUCUGCACUGGUGUCGUCUAUCAUCUCCCAAUACCCUCCUACCAAUACUACCCCCGGCGGGCCAGUCGUGGUGGUAGGAACCUACACCUCCCCGCACGUCCUCUCGGUCCGCGAACGGAUCCAACUCGACAACGUGCCCAUCUCCCGCGAGAAAUUCGCGCUUUACUUCUUUGAAGUAUGGGACCGGCUUUCGCAAGCAGCCCGCGAAGCGGGCGACCCAGUAACGUCGAAUGAGGAAUACGAUGGGCCGGGGACGAAGCCUUUUUAUUUCCGGUUUUUGACCAUACUUGCUUUUCAUGUCUUUGUGCGCGAGGGGGUGAAGCAAGCGGUGAUUGAAUGUGGUAUUGGCGGGGAAUACGACUCGACGAAUUUUUUGAGUGCCGAAAGUGUCACGGCCAGUGUUGUCACGCAGUUGGGGAUUGAUCAUGUGGCGAUGUUGGGGGAUACGGUGGAGAAGAUUGCGUGGAAUAAGAGCGGGAUUUUUAGGCAGGGGGUUAGGGCUUUUACGAGGAGGUUGGAUGGUGCUGACAAAAAAGGGGUGAUGGAGGUGUUGAGGGAUAGGGCGCAGGAGAAGGGAGUGGCGGAGUUGGUGGAGGUGGAGGAUGAGGAGGUUGAGAAGUGGAAGGGCGUGGAGGGGGCGAGGCUGGAAGGACCGUUUCAGAAGUUCAAUAUGGCGUUGGCGGUGGCGGCGGCGAGGGAACAUUUGAUUAGGAUGGGGCAGAAGUUUGAGGGGGCGUUUGGGGAGGAGGGCUGGAAGUUGGAUGAUAUCCCGGCUGGGUUUGAGAAGGGGCUGAAGGAGGCUAGCCUUAAGGGGAGGUGUGAGUCGUUCAAAGACUCCAAGGGGACGGCGUGGUUCGUCGAUGGAGCGCAUACGGAGGAUAGUCUGGCGGGUGUUGGGCAGUGGUUUGCUGGCAAGGUGAAGGGGGAUGAGGUCAACGUCUUGGUGUUUAAUCAGCAGGAUAGGGACCCGGAGGUCUUGUUGAGGGCACUUCUUACAGCCGCGCAGAAGCAGAGCGGGACUUCGACGCCGGUGUUCAGCUACGCGGUGCUCACCAGGAAUGAAGAAAAGGCGCCGGUGGAAGGUGAGCCGGAGAGAGAUCUCACGGUGCAGUUGAAGGGGCAGAAGAUUUUCCAGGAAGCCAGUGCGGGGACCGAGACCUCGGUCUACAACGCAGUAGAGCCGGCUAUGGAACAGGUUCAAAAGAUCGCGGAACAGGCGCGCAGGGACGGCAAGACGUGCAAUGUUCUGGUAACGGGAAGCUUCCACCUGCUUGGUGGCGUGCUCAAGACAGUUGAGUAUGUUGAAUAUUAA